AAUUAAAUGAAGAAAAUUUAGUAUUAUUGAAUUUGACAAAUAUAAUUCCACAAAAAAGUGCAAAAAGAGUAUCAAAGAAACUUAUCACAAAACUCAUAGGACCCUUCAAAAUCGUUCAGAAAAUUUCAGCAGUAACAUAUCGAUUAAAACUCUUGGAAACACUAUGUAUUCACCCAGUUUUCUACAUAUCCUUAUUAAAACCUUACUACCCUAGUGAGUUUAGAGAUGAAGUAAGAAAAGAACACCCAAAAAUUGCAACUGAAGAUCCAGAAAAACACGAAGUCGAAGCCAUACUAGACAAGAGAACAUACUACCGUCGUCUACAGUACUUAGUAAAUUGA